AUGCCGCAUGGAAAGAAGAAAUCGAAUUCCCGAACUCCAAAAGUGACGUUUGCUGUACCUUCUCCUAUGAACCAUGAAGAUAGUUGUGUUCUUGAUCAAUCGACAAUUUGUGCCGAAUGGUACCGAUUGUGGUCAUCAUUUGGUUUUACUGAACAUCAAUGGUCAUCUCGAGCAUUGAAAGUCGAAGAAUAUACUCGAAAAUUACUCGAAAGUAAACUCUUGACAUAUAAAGAACAACUAAACAAACGAAAAAAAUUGCUUAAACAGUCUCUUGAAGAUUAUGAAGAAUUAAUAUCUCGAACAGGUCUUCCAUCUGCUGUUGAUUCAUUGACAUUCGAUGAAUUAAAAUUACGAGAACAAGAAGCAUAUAUUGAAAAGAAAAUGCAAGAUUUAUUAGUUCAAGAAGGUCAACUAAUUCAUCAACGAAGUGAACUAGAAACUCAACAGAAACAAUUGUGUUCAUUGCUCAAUAGUUCACCAAUUGAGUUCGAUGAAAACGUGCCGAUGUCACUUGUUGAAAUCAAUCGCAAAAUCGAAGACCAUCUGAAAAUGCUUACUGAUCUGAAGUCUCUUCGUCUUACUCAAGUUUCUUCGUAUUAUCAAAAGUUAAAACAAUAUUCCGAACAAUUAGAAUGGACACCAGCACCUUCUUCAUCGGUUGAAUACCUUCUCCUUGAAAAAUAUGAUCAUUGCUUGACAGCCGAUUGCCUCAAUCAAAUCGAAACGACAAUCCAUGACUUGGAAAACAAAAUCGAAGAGCAAAAAGUCCGUUUUACUAUCUUACACAAUCAACUGGGACGUCUCUAUGAACGUUUGAAAAAGAAUGCGGAAAAAGAUUAUUGCUUAGCGUAUAAAACCGGUAGUGAAAAUGUCAAUGCUUUCACAAUUAAACAACUUGAACACGAAAUUGCUUGUUGUCGUGAAGAACGAAUGCAAAAUGGCAAAGAAUAUCGACAAUCAAUUCGUGAACAAAUCGUUGAUUUAUUGGAUAAAUCACAUUUAGGUGAUAAUGAACGAUCAGUUCUUAAGAAUUUAGAUUUGGACACGUUAUCGGCGGAUUUACUCGAUGCAUAUGAUGCUGAGUAUGAGCGUGUUGCUCAGUUGUAUGAAAAACGUCGACCAGUUAUUGAAGCUUAUGAAAAAUGGUUAGCAUUUUGGAAUGAUUUUGUUGCAUUUACUAAAGCAUCAACAGAUCCGGGUCGUUUUCGUAUUCGUGGAUACAAUGCUGAAACUGAAGGACGAAAACGUAAAAAAUUCCUUCGAGAAUUACCACAAAUUGAACAAGAGUUUCUAAAUACUCUGUCGGAAUAUGACGACACAACAUUUUGUAUCGACAAUAUACCAAUUCGACAGAAAUUUGAUGAAGCGCAUCAUCAAGUGCCAUCAUCGGCCUUACCAACAUCAGCUAAAACAGUGGCUGUACCUCAACUUUCAGCUAUGACACCUGUUCGAUCUCGUACACCAGUUGCUACACCUCGCCGUGUAGCCAAUAAAGCAUUAAACGUUCCAAAUACAACAAAUCGUUCUGCUAAAACACCUUCAUCAACAGCUGCUGGACGUAAAUUAUUAACAAAAGUCGCAAGUAAAACUGAAUGUCAACCAAAACGUGCCAAACCACGUGCUCCACCAGUAAUCCACGCAUCACCUCCACAUCCAGUCGCGCCAUUACCUGUUCAUCCACCAGCAUGUACAGAUGAUCAAGCUCUAGAUUUUUCACUCUUACAUACAAUGAAAAAUAUCCACGGUCAAAUUAAAGUUAUGACAUCAACUCCUAAUUCAUCAUUUGAUAUAAUCGAAAAUCGAAUUGGUGGAAAUGUGAAAACAGCUCAUAACACCAUUGGAAAACGAAAAUCCAAACGAAUACCUGUUCCACUGAUCAUGAUCCAACGAGCAACUGAAGAGUUAGCGGUUCUCAUGCCACACGAUUCUUAA